GAAGAAAUUCCCAUGCGAGGAAGAAGAUGAUUGAUCAAUUACAAUGGACCAGCUUGUGUACAAGUAUUGCUUGAGAAAGUUUCAGUUGUAAUCACUGAGAGAUACAUCAGAGGAAUACUCAACACACCUGACGCAAGAUGGGAAGAUCUUUCUACUCAGACGAAGAAGACAAAUUCAGUGUCCCGGGACUACCUACAGUGGCACAUAUUGAGGACGCAGAGGCCAAGGAGAAGGGAAGAGCAACCUCCACCGAAAUCACAAUAAACAAGUUUGGGAACCUCAUAACAUCUUCCCCGGCCCUCGAAGGCUUUGUUUCCAAAGUUCGUAAAAACGUCGAGCACUAUUACGAUGUCGCAAGUGAAAAGUACGAGUUUUACACAGGGACGGCCAAAGCACACUUUAACAUGACUGCAUCAAGACUCUAUGAAUUCAAAGGUGAGGACGAACAAUUACUCCCUAAUGGAUGCUCGGUGUUAACAGCUACUUUGUUUGGUUCAAUUGUUGCUCGUAACCAUUCCAUCCCAGUGAGGUUCUUCACACCAUUGAUCUUCGGUGGUGUGGCCCUGAACUAUACAUUGCCCCAAACGUACAGAAACGUUGCCAACGGUUUCCAGAGCGUCGGUCUCGGAAUCGAAAACAAAUACUUCCCAGAAUUUAGCAAAACCAGAGAAGAGAGUGUUGCUCAAAUUUCGGAGCUCAAAAAUUCACUAGAAAAUGUGCAAAAGGACGCCUGGAACGGAUUGGUUGAAAUUGUUGCUGAUACCAGAAAAUCUGUUUGCGACCUCGUUGGAAAGAAGGAUUGAUUCACUCACAAACGACUUUUAUUUAUUUGCUUAUUUAUUUUCAUUUUGAUAGUUUGCCUCUCUAUUUGUAAUUAAUUUAUGAUAGAAUCUAUAGAAACAAAAACAAAAAAUGAG